GCCCAACCAUCCUUGACCUGUCAUGGGACUCUCUCUCCCUCGGAAUUAACAUGAACUACAAUUUCUACUGCUAGCUCUUGGUGAUUAUUGUUAUUGUCAUUAUUUGUAUUUGUGGUUAUUGUUAUUCUCAUUAUUUUUUGUCACAAUCUUUUCUUUCUUCUAUCCUGGCGAUCAACACAAUGGCACCUAUUGGUAGAACCUGCAUCCAGUAGCAGGCAUUGAUGAGCACACAAGCAAGGAGUAAAAAAACAGCUUCAACCAGCAGAGAGUGUAUACCAUUUCACAAAACAUAUCCAAGGUUUUUAUGACAGGCAUGGACCACAUCUUUCUUCUGAUCAACCAUGGAUAACAAAGAUCUCAAAUCAAGAAACAGGUCGAUCCGGGAUUGGUUCAAGAGAAAGAACAAAGAAGAUGAACAAUUUGAUCGAGAUGAGGCUACAGAAAGCUAAAUUCGGUCUGUUACAGAUUGGGGGGAAGAUGAAGGGGAAGAUUAUCCACGGGAUGUUUUAAUCAGGUUGCCGGAGAUAGACCCAUGCUUCUUAACCAACGAAUUAAGAGUCUUUGUGGGUACUUGGAAUGUAGCUGGAAGAUCUCCCGGAGGGAGUUUGGCUGUAGAUGUGGAUGAGUGGCUAAACCUUAAGGAUGCUGCAGAUAUUUAUGUUCUUGGAACUUCAAGUUCCUUGCAGAUUUCAAGAGAUUGUUCCUUUAAAACCCAUGAACAUAAUAAGAGCUGAAGACCGGACAGAAGCAAUAAACUGGAACCUGCUUAUUGGGAAAACACUCAAUGACAAAUAUGAAUGCCCUCAGUUCACACCCUUGUUGACUCCAGUCACCAGUGACAAUUAUUACUAUACAGGAGUUUCUGAUGCUGAAAGAAGACCAAGUGUCAGCAGCCAAAUUGCAACCCCAGCAAUAUGUCAACCAAGUAUCCUAAACCAGGAACCAUAUGGAAGUAGGGGGUACAAACUCAUGGCGAGCAAGAAGAUGGUUGGAGUCUUCAUAACUGUCUGGAUGAAGAGGGAAUUGCUCAGGAGGUACACCGUAUCAAGUGUGAAAGUUUGUUCAGUGGCUUGUGGUAUUAUGGGCUAUUUGGGAAACAAAGGAUCAGUUUCAGUAAGCAUGUCAAUAGGAAGAACUAGUUUUUGCUUUGUUGCUGCCCACUUGGCUUCUGGUGAGAAGAAAGGGGAUGAAAAGCAAAGGAAUCACCAGGUUUCUGAGAUUUUCAGGCGAACUUUUUUCCCUAGACUCCCUCUAGAUGGAGAUAAUCACCUUCCUCUAACCAUCUUGGGGCAUGACCGGAUAUUUUGGUUCGGGGAUCUCAACUAUAGGCUCUGUUUAGAAGACAACUUAGCCAGACAACUGAUAAAGAAAAAAGACUGGAGAGCACUUCAAGUGUUUGAUCAGCUGCAAAGAGAACUAGAAGAUGGAGGAGUAUUCCAAGGUUGGAGAGAAGGAAACAUUGAGUUUCCUCCUACAUACAAGUAUUCUUCAUCAAAUUGUAACCGGUAUUCAGGUGGUAUUCCAAGCAGAGCAGGAGAGAAGCAGCGGACUCCAGCUUGGUGUGACAGGAUUCUGUGGUAUGGUAAGGGGGUGAAACAACUUUCCUAUUUCCGUGGUGAGAGCAACUUCUCUGAUCAUCGGCCUGUCUCUGCUCUAUUUGUGACGCAACUUGAAGUUGUUAAGUCCACAAAUGCAAAAAUUGUUCCUCUCCCACCACUGUCUCCACUAUAAGUCCUCCCAAACGAAGUAUAGGACAAGGCGAAGAAGAGGUCACAUCUACAUUGCUCUCAGUGAUUUUAAAUCCUAUAGAAUGUCCCCAAGCCACUUAAAAAAUUGCAGAUGAAAUGGGAGACAAUACAACCACAAUGGAAUUCAAUUAGUUCAAUUGCUAUGCAGGUGCUCUGUUCAGAAUAGUUCAGCUAUCUUCUCCCUUACUCAUUUAUGCCUGGCCCUCAUUCUUUGCACACAACUUGGCCAUUUAAGUAACUACGAUUCAUUUAUACUGCAUUAGUGGAUGAUACCUCAAGUAUAAUAAGAGUUAAGCAUCAGAAUCUUAUGAAUGUCCUGGAAGAUGAGCUUAGCUGCACUGUGUGUGUGCACAAUUGCACACAAGUCAAGCAUUAAAACACAAAAACAAAGGUAGUUCUAGGCAGCCCUACUAGAGAAGAAGUUUUUGGCUUUAACUUGUUAAGAGUCAAUUCCAGCCAUGAUAGUGCAAACCAAGGUGAAAAAUAUGUAAAAGGCUUAAAUUCUCAGUUAAACUGUAAGGCAAAGCAGUUAGAUGCAGUAAUACCAAGGAGACUAUUUACAGCUUACAUUCCAUCACGGGCCUGAAGAAUCCCAUCCAAUGUCUCCACAUUGUCUAGAUGACAACUAGGACAUAUGCACCUCUUUUGCAACUCGUCCACAAGAGAAGCACAUUUCUCUUCAAACUCUGUAGUCUGCUUGUUCCU